AGGAAUACACGUUUCCGAACAGUGAUUUCUUCUUUGAGUUAUGCCCUAUAGCGCACUUCCCGUUGAUAAAUCCACAUCCAUCAGCAACUUUGUGAACUACCUGGCAUGGGUGGCGAUAUUUUCCCCGAUUCGAGGAUGUGACGUUAAAUGUGUCGGAACUCUCAGGAAAUAUUUUGUGUCUUCAUUUUAAAAUCCAAGGUACACGGGAGAUGAAGGUUAAAAUCAAGCAGUGGAACGGCGUGGCAUCCUGGCUGUGGAUGGCCAAUGAUGAGAACUGUGGGAUCUGCAGAAUGUCUUUUAAUGGCUGUUGCCCAGAUUGUAAGGUUCCUGGAGAUGACUGCCCAUUGGUCUGGGGCCAGUGCUCCCACUGCUUCCACAUGCACUGCAUCCUCAAAUGGCUCAACUCCCAGCAGGUCCAGCAGCAGUGCCCCAUGUGUCGCCAAGAGUGGAAGUUCAAAGAAUGAGCUCAUCCGGAGAACGUCACUUGAAUGCCUUUCAAAGACUGAGACUUCACAGAGGAUUGUAGUGUUUCGGAAUACAUAUGCUUCUGUUUUUUGUUGUACAUUUCCAGCUACUUUGUUUUUCUCUGAGGCUGUCAUAGUUUGUUUUCUGUGGAGGGGUGUGUGAAUAACAAUGAAUGUGAAUAAAUGUGAUUAGGAUUUAAGCUUGA